AUGGGGCGAAUGGCAUGGGGCGAGGUGGAGAUGGGGCGAAGUGAUCGACACCCGUUGCUACUGCAGGCUGUACGUUCGUUCUUCAAACGUUGUUUCGACAAAACGCUGUGUGCAUACUACUUGAAGUGUCUUGAUUGGGACACGUUUACAAUCCUUGUAAAGGCAACAGUGCGUCGUCUUCAAGAUGGACUUCCAACAUAGAGCAGGGGGCAAGACAGGAGGGGGUGGGGUCGCCUCCGAGUCUGAGAGUAAUAGAGAUCGUAGAGAACGAUUAAGACAGUUGGCCCUGGAAACAAUUGAUCUGAACAAGGAUCCUUAUUUCAUGAAGAAUCACUUGGGCUCCUAUGAGUGCAAAUUAUGCUUGACACUUCACAACAACGAAGGCAGCUACUUGGCUCACACACAGGGAAAAAAACAUCAGUCUAACCUUGCAAGGAGAGCAGCAAAAGAAGCCAAGGAUGCCCCUGCCCAACCAGCCUUACUGGAGAAACCAAAGGUGGACAUCAAAAAGUUUGUCAAGAUUGGACGCCCAGGUUACAAAGUAACCAAGCAACGGGAUCCUAAUUUGGGCCAACAGAGUCUUUUGUUCCAGAUUGACUACCCAGAGAUAGCUGAGGGUAUAGUGCCCCGACACCGCUUCAUGUCUGCUUAUGAACAGAGAGUGGAGCCCCCAGACAAGAGAUGGCAAUACCUUUUGUUUGCAGCAGAGCCCUAUGAGACCAUAGCAUUUAAGGUUCCAAGCAGAGAGGUGGACAAGUCAGAGGCCAAGUUUUGGACUUCUUGGAAUAAAGAGACUAAGCAGUUUUUCCUGCAGUUCCACUUCAAGAUGGAACCCAAGCCCAUGCAAGGUGGUGGGGAUGGACCUGGUCCUCGUAUUCGGGGCCCCAUGCCGGAUAAUCACCGCUCCAACCAAGGACCACCUCGUCCUGAGAUGCGUGGUCCCCCUCCCCAUCCCCAAGGUGGCCCGCCUCCUCCAGAGGGCUUCCGUGGUGGCCCACCCCCUCGUGGACCUCCACCAGGUGGAUUCCAAGGACCUAGGGGUGGGCCGCCUCCUCCAAGAGCUCUAAUGGGUGGUCCCCAACAGGGUCCUCCCAUGGAGGGUCCACCCAUGCGAGGCCCUCCACCCCCAUUCGCAGGACCACCUUUCCCUCCAGUGGGUGGGCCGUCUGAACCCCCAACAUCUGAAGGAGCACCUCCCAGGCCCCCUAUGCCGCCUCCUGGGAUGGGACCACCUGGUCCCCCUCAGGCUCCUCCAGGACCACCAGGACCCCCUGGCCAGGAGCAUCCUCCCCCUAUGCCACCCAUUCCUCCACCCCCACCCCCGGCCAUGUUCUCAGCUCCCAGUGGCAACAUACCACCCCCACCUGUGCCCCCACCAGGUAUGCCCCAACUGCCUUCCCUUAUGGGCAUGAAACCGCCCCCUAUGCCUCCAAACUUCCCCCCUCCACCCAAUGCGAUGCCUGGAGGUCUCCCUUUGCCUGUUCCUCCGCCCCCUCCUCCAGCAGCUUUGCUUCAGUCCAAGGGGGAAGAAGAACAGGAUGACGGGGCAGCUGAGGAAGACGAUGAUUAAUUUUGGCUUACUGAGCCCCAGGAGCUAGCUGGUUCCCAUAUCACAAAGCUUACUAACUGGACAAAUUUGCUAAAAGAAGCACUAUUCAAAAGCUGUGGGCUGCAUCUGGAAAUAAUGAAAUAUGUUGUUAUGGAAGCCACAGGCUUCAUUAUACCAUGGUUGUCAGCAUUACUACUAGCCACUAGUACUUGGUAUGGGCAUAACCAUGGAAAACCUGGAAUUUAUUUAGAAGCCAUUACUACGUUGGCACCACACGCAUACGUGUUUGUAACUUUGCAACUUUUGUAACAAAUUCUUUAUAACAUCAAAUGUGUUUGAUUGCACUCAACGUAAUAACAAACCACACAGCUGCUUGCACAAGCUUCUUGUCUCGUGGAAAUAAAUCUGUGCUCUUUCUUAAGUAAAGCAUUAACUGUAUACGGUCUACUCUCGAUGUAAAGAACAAAACCAAAAUACUAUUAUGAACAGCAAAUUGUGUGAAUUUUUUUACUUCCAGUACUUUUUUGUUUUUCAACUCCUUUUUUAACGAAGUCCUGGUUAUAACAAAGUAAUUUUUCUGGUCCUUGCAUCUUUGUUACGAGAGCUGACUGUAUAUUUUCCCCUUGGAAUAUGUAAUACGUAUCUCAUGUUCAAUCCCAUCUCCCCACGAAUCUGAUUGUCACAAUUUGCCAACAGUCCUGUUUUUGUCCAGUAAUCUGACACAAACUGACCUUCAUGUAGGCCUUUACUCAUUUCCAGAGUACCAAAUGCACCAGUGUUGGCACCAAAAUAUUUGUUCCAUUAGUUUGUACAUUGUGAGUUAUUUGUAUCUUUAAAACCCAGUUCGGUAAGCUUAGAAAUAUACACAUGUAGUUUAGAAAAAUGUUGUUUGAUACAGUGCAAGGAAGACGGUCAUAUGCAACUUGCUUUAUGCUUUUAAAUAGGGUAAGAAUUUGGGAAUGGGCACAUGUAAGUGCGAAGUUGUAUCCAAGUCAUUUUUGUCAAAUCUGGAGUCAUUUUGUCUGGGGCCAAGUUGUAUUACAAGUUAAGUUUUCUUAUUAAAAGGCAAAUUCCAUGUCUAUCUGACAUCAUCAUUGACAUGAUAUUUCUAUACUUUUUCAUGCAUAUUUAGUUGACAAUGCACUUAAUGAUGCUAGCAAAACAGUUCUGACCUCAUAUUUAUGAUAAAACAUCAGUAUAUUAAAAACAGUUUGCUCUUGCACAAAGAAACUCUUAGAUGUAUCCGUUUUCUUACGUUUGUCUAAUAACAGUUAUGUCAACAAGUGCAAAUCAAAUCCCAAGUCAUUAUUCUGCAAGUCAAGUCAAAAGCCAACUACUUCAAGUCAAGUCUCAAGUAAAAAAAUGGCACCUUGAGUAGGACUUGAAUUAAAGUCAACUUUGCAAGUUAACCACUUUAUACUUGAUUCCAAACAUUGCCUUUAUGUGCUCUUCAACUAAAUGGUGACCAAAUGUUAUGUAAAAAAAGCUCAGAAAUUUUCAAAUGUGGCUUCUGAGAAAAUUCCUCAAUGACUUAGUGUCUAUUGCAUGUGAAUGAUCAGCUGUAAUAUAGUGCUUCAAAUUCUGAUGAAUAGUAUCAGGUUAAUCCAAAACUUUCAUGACUGGAAAAUGCAUUACAGCCCAACAUGUGUAGGCCUAUUGGUACUCAUGUUGGAAAACACAUUUAACAAAUUAGAAUAACCACUUUAAGGAACGGUCUUAAUGCUGUUAAUUUUAAUGUUCCUUGUGGAUUGGCAUUGAGUUGUUGCAUUCAACUUAGUGAAAUUAGAAAUUACUCUUUAAUUUCGAUAACA